UCGAGAAAAGGUGAUUCCCACACACACACACACACACACACACUCACACACAGGCCCUGCUGUCUGUCACUUCCCGGAUCCAGCGGAUUCAAGCUGCUGUGGAAACUUUCACAAGUUUGCUGUGGGAGGAAGGAGGGAGAGGUGGGGGGAGACAGAUCUGUGAGCCUACAGCCGCACUGCUGCUCUCACACACGGAUCAAUUCGGGAUCUGAGCUCCGGGAUGUCGGCCGUGAAGGCGCUGCAGCAGUGGUGCCGGGUCCGGUGUGAGGGCUACCGGGAUGUGUCCAUCACCAACAUGACCACGUCCUUCAGGGACGGCUUGGCUUUCUGCGCCCUCAUUCACCAACACAGACCCGAUCUCAUCAACUUUGAUUCACUGAAGAAGGAAAAUGUCUACGACAACAACAAACUGGCGUUCAAGGUUGCGGAGGAAGAGUUGGGAAUUCCAGCUCUGUUGGACGCAGAAGACAUGGUGGCUCUUAAGAUUCCUGAUCGCCUCAGUAUCCUGACAUACGUCUCACAGUACUACAACUACUUCCAUGGACGCUCCCCGAUUGGUGGUAUGGCAGGAAUAAAGCGCCCAGCUGAGGACCCCACAGAGGAACCGUCUGGGAAGAAGAACCAGCCAGUGGCUUCAAAGGUGUUUCCCUCUUCAAAACCCGCCAGAGAGAACAGCCCUCCCCCGUCCUCCAACAUCACAAGGCCCGCUCCUUCACCGAAGAAAACCAGAAAUGCCACGCAGGAUGAGAAAUCCCAUCCUACAGGCACGCUGAGUAACAAAUGUAUGUCCUGUAACAAGCACGUUCACCUGGUGCAGCGACAUCUAGUGGACGGGAAGCUCUAUCACAGGAGCUGUGGAAAGUUGCUGUCGCCUUCAAACACAACUGCACCUCUCAGAGAUUUACCCACAAACACUGCUGUUUCCAAAUUCAGCCCUCUGCCAGACUCCACAAAAACCUACACAAAUGCUCCCACUCAUACCCCCUCCAGACUGGGACCAACAUGGCUCACGGAGAAACCCAGCACCCCUCCCAGCACUUUUUCUACUCCAUCUCCUUCCCGGCCUGCUUCAAGUCUCUCUUCUGCUGCCAAAGAGAGUCAGACAUCUUUAUUCUCCAAACCCUCAACUUCACAGACUACUGAAUCUACCUUCACCACAACCACUUCCAUCAAUACCAGGCCCACUGCUGCUCCUCGUACCUCAACCACGGCGGCAAAGACGAUGCAGUCCAAACUCAAGUUCUUCCAGUCGGACAACACCGCUAACGAUGAAGAGAAAAAGACUACAACCACCAACAUUGACAUAAAUAAAGGGCAGAAUGUGACUGGUAAGGUCCAGCAGGGCGCAGCAGGUCAGGCUGUGACUGUUGUUGUGAAUGUUGGUGGUACUGGCAGAAAGAGCUUGGACACAGGUGGGGAGAGAGGUAAAGCAGCUGGUGUAGGUGGAGAUUCAGGAAAGGCGUGUGAGAGUAAUAUGACUAAAGCAUCUGCAGCAGCCUUCAUCUCCAAAAAACUGGAGGUGAACAAUAAUAACAACAGUAAGCCAUCGUGGGCGACUGUAUCGCUGAAGAAAACUGACAAACCCUCUCAGGUCGAGACUCCAAAGAGGGAGACGGAGGGUGUCAGAGGGAGAGUGAGGCUGAGAGCAGACCCCUCACUCCUCGCCGACCUGCAGACUCCGGACAUCCCGAACGCUGCUCCGAGCCCGGCCAGCAGGAGCGGACUCAGAGCCAGAACCCCAGACAGAGGCGGCUCAAAGCCUGGCAGUGCAUCACCCAACACCUCAGUAUCAGAAAAUCAGUCCCCUGCCGACUGGAGGUCAAAACUCAAACCCAUCUCCAAAGAAACCAAACCGGCUGGUCCUUCACAGUCUUCCCCUAAACCCUCGGCUAAUGGAGCUGGAAAGUCAUACACUUCAGAGCUUUCUAUCGGGCCUUCCCCCAGCCCGAGCAUUUCUGUCACUCCAGCAGCACCAAAGGGAUUCCUGAAUAAUCCGGAAGACCUAACUGCGAAUGGUACCAAGUCAGAGUUGAAGAUUUCCAAGACUAAGCCGGACUACAUUCAGAAAGAGGACAUCAUAAAGGAGCUGCAGGACAUUGAAGAUAAUUUGAACGAGUUGGAGAAGAGGGGAGUCGAGCUGGAGAUGAAGCUCCGCAGCAGUGAAGAAGAGGGUGAAGACGACUCUCUCAUGGAUGAGCUCAUGGUCGAGUGGUUCAACUUGAUCAGGAACAAGCAGGUGGCCAUGCGCCGGGAGUCUGAACUGGUCUACAUUGGAAAAACCCAGGACCUGGAGGAACAGCAGCCCAGUGUGGAGCAGGAGCUUAGGAGACUGAUGGAUAAACCAGAUCAUCUGAAAACAGCCUGGGACCGGAAGAGAGAAGAGCAGCUGAUGGCCAAACUGGUGGAGAUUGUCAAUGACAGAAAUGCUAUUGUGGAAGGUCUGGAUGAGGACAGACUCAGGGAGGAAGAGGAGGACGAGGAGCUAAACAAGAUGAUGAUGAAUUUCAACAUAAAGAAAGACAAACCAAAGAAAAAGUCUCCAAUGUCCAAACUGUUGCGCUGGGGGAACAAGAAGGAGGGAUGAUGCUCCGCCAAAACAUAGCGCUGCUUCUUUCUUUGAUGUUUUUUUUUUUUUGCUGCUCUUGUUGUAGUCUUAAUGUCAGUGUGAUCAGCCUGUGAUUCAUGGGAUAACAUGGGUAGUCUGUGUAUGUUUGUGUGUGUGUGUGAUCUGUCAUUUUAAGCAUUUAUAGAGAAAUGCCCUCCCCUCUGUCGACUGGAUCACUCAAGAUGUGAAGCCACUCUUGCCUGCCAGGCCCCCCCCCCACA